AUGGUGAACAAUGGCAUCGCAUCCGAGGUUCAUCUUUAUAGCGCGGUGGCGGGCUGCGAGCAGGGUGCGGGCGGAGCGGGGUCGGCGGGCGGGCGGCCGGGGGACACCAUCCGGCGCGUGCGCGUCAAGAUGUCGUCGGUGUCCGCGCAGGGCGUAGUGGAGCGCGCGUCCGCCGAGCUGUCGCGGCGCAUCACCGGGCUGGGGCUGCGCGGGCGGCGGCGCUCGCCCGGCGUGGUGGAGCGCGUGGCGAGCGCCCUGUGCGGGCCCGCGCACGCCGCGCCGCGCGCCCCCCGCCGCCGCCGCCCCGAGCCCCGCCCCCUCGUCUGGGCCCAGUUCGUGCUCGACGACAGGUUCCUCGACAAAUUCUUCCUGUACUUCAACGCCGGCGAGCGGCGCGCCCUCGCCCAGGUGUGCACCAAGUGGCGCGACCUUCUCUACUCUUCGCCUCGCUGGUGGAGCGGCCUAAUCGCGGUCCUCGACUGCCGCGAACUGCGCGCCGCCACCGGCUGUUGCAUGCAGAGGUUCUACAACUCGAUAGUUAGGAGGGGCAUACGCGGUGUUGUGCUUGUAUCCGCCACGGACGACGACGUUAACGAAUUCAUAAGGCAGUUCCCACUGUCCGCUCACCACAUACACGCUAUUAGUUUGAAAGGCUGCACAAUAACGGAUAGAGGACUGGAAGCGAUAUUAGAUCACUUGCAGGUUCUAUUUGAACUAGAGUUAACAGGCUGCAAUGAAAUAACAGAAGCUGGUUUGUGGGCAUGUCUAACCCCGCGGAUAGUUUCACUCACGCUUACUGAUUGUAUUAACAUUGCCGACGAAGCUGUAGGUGCAGUGGCGCAACUGUUGCCUUCGCUGUACGAGUUCUCACUGCAAGCGUAUCACGUGACGGACGCAGCGUUGGGUUAUUUCUCGCCGAAGCAAAGCGCCUCGCUGAGCGUGCUACGGCUUCACAGUUGCUGGGAGCUUACGAAUCACGGCAUUGUGAAUAUUGUUCACUCAUUGCCAAAUUUAACGGUGCUGUCUUUGAGCGGCUGCAGCAAAGUGACCGACGAGGGUGUGGAACUGUUAGCCGAGAAUCUUCCUCGACUGCGCAGCCUAGACCUCAGCUGGUGCCCUCGUGUUACCGACAAUGCGCUAGAGUAUAUCGCAUGCGACCUCAACCAGCUGGAGGAGUUGACCUUGGAUAGAUGUGUGCAUAUAACUGAUAUAGGCGUCGGUUAUAUAAGCACAAUGCAGUCUCUAGUGGCGUUGUUCCUACGGUGGUGUUCGCAAUUACGCGACUUUGGAGUACAGCAUUUGUGUGGAAUGCGUUCACUACAACUCCUUUCAUUAGCAGGUUGUCCACUCCUGACUUCUGGUGGACUCUCUAGUCUUAUCCAACUGAGACAGCUGAGAGAGUUGGAGCUUACUAACUGUCCUGGCGCUUCACCUGAACUCUUUGAUUAUCUUCAUGAACAUCUACCAAGAUGUCUAAUCAUUGAA